AUGGCCUACGCCGCCUCUGCAAUUGCCCCCAUCACUGGCCGAUUCCGACGCCGAGUCCUCCGAGACCUUGUCGGUAGCAUCGCUCUGGGUACUGGAAUUGCCUACUACUGGUGGUACAACUCCCACGUUCCUACUAUGCAGGAAAGUUGUGCUCCAUAUUAUUUGCGAUUACUCUAUGCUCCGGAGCUUUGGAAUUCAAAAGAGCAGCGUGGGAACAAAUACAAGGACUACGAUCACAAAGUUCGUGAGGAAAUGCUAAAGGAGCACGGCGCCUGGGCAAUUGGACCUGGACAACAGGAGAAGGUUGACCAACAAAGGGGUGUACCCGCUCCCGACCAGACUGUCGCGUAA